AUGGAUAAUAAAAUCAAACAGGCAGUACCCGGGGCAUCGCCCCAGGCUGAUGCGGGCAUCGAGCCGAGAUCUAUUAUGUCGAACCCUGAUGCGGAUAAUAUAUCCGCAGUCGAUACAGAUAACCCAUUCCGCCAUAUAGCGCCCGAGGAGCUUGACAAGAUGGUGGACGAUUUUGUGGGCUAUCACCAGGGGCUGGAGGAGUACACUGAAUUGCUCCGGUGUGGAGCCCGACUGGCCAAAGACAAAACAGGAGCACUGCACUAUGUAGCACGGUCCUUAAAUCUGACGGAGGCUCAGAAGAUGCAUAUUAUUCAUGAGAAGAGUGAGGGGCUUUGGGAGCAGUCCAAGUACGUCCGAGCGUGCAUUUUAGUGACCUUUCUUGCCGGGAUUAUUCAUGGAAAAUACCUGCUGACCUGUGUACCGGGGAUGGACCCAAUCCGUGAUCCCAUGCGGACGACGGGUGAUCAGUGGCUAUUUGGCGUGAUAACGUCCAUCUCAUUCUUGGCAGGCGGCCUUCUGGCACCCUUUUUUGCAGACCCCCUCCAAGAGUAUUUACUGGGCCGCAGGGGCACUAUUGCCAUUUUCUGCCUCGUCAAUAUUGCUGGAACCAUCGGUCAGGCCUUCUCAGCCAAUCUCCUACAGUUGGGAAUAUGCAGGGCCAUCACGGGCUUGAGUCUGGCUGGAAAGGCAUCGAGUGCACCAUUACUGUUGGCUGAAGCGGCCCCCAAUCACAUCCGUGGGCGCCUCCUGGCUAUCUGGCAGCUAAGUGAUGCAUUAGGUAUUUUCUUUGGAGCGGCAUCCAACUUGGCGGUGCUCCAUAUCGCCGUUCCAGAGACCAUCGUAUGGCGCGUAAACAUCUCGACCGUCUUGAUACCGACAAUUAUUCUACUCUUUCUGGUGUAUUUUGUCCCCGAAUCUCCAAGGCUGCUGAUGAAAGAAGGAAGGUAUCUUCCCGCCCUCGAAUCGUUCGUUCUGUAUCGACCUGGACCGGCUCAACAGCUUCUGGCCGCUCGUGACUUUAUAUAUGCACAUUUCCAGCUGCAGAUGGAGUGUACACCCACACAAGCUGGACUAAAUCUUGUUGCACUGGCGCUGUGCUUUCUACUCGUCCCAGAGACUAGGGGCAGGACGCUCGAGGAACUAAGAACCAUCUUUGAUAUCCCGACAAAGCGCCAUAUCCAGUAUCGGCUGUCCGUCGUGCUUCCCUGGUUAGUAGAACGGUAUCUAAUCAUGUGGCCGCGUGGAAUACGUGUCUGGGGAAGGAAGGACGAAAAGCAAAACGGCAGCGUCUAUAACACCGGCCUGGUGACAUUCCAUGACUGGCAUAUGAUUGAUAUGGACUUCCAACGGUUAAAGAAAGAGAAAUUAAAAAGAGAGAGGCUGGAAAGAGAGAGGCUGGAGAGAGAGCAGUUGAUUAGAGCACAAAGAGCAAGUGAGCUGCGUGAGUUACAGGCGAAGUUGGACAACUUGAAUUUGCCCGCCGCCAGUUUGAGGUCUCCUAACGACUACAGCAAACGCCCUGCUACUCGCUAG